AUGAACGCUACAGCACCAUCUCGUGGUCCGGCACCUCUUGCGCGGAGCCUACACACUACUCUCAAAAACCACAAGGGACCGGUGCAUGUGGUCCGAUACGCGAAAGGCACCGCGAAAUAUGUCCUUACGGGUGGGCAGGACCGGACGGUUCGACUGUGGAAUCCGGACUUGGGGACGGAGAUAAAGACGUUUGCUGCACACGGCUACGAGGUGCUUUCUGUGAGCGUGUCGCACGACAAUGGCAAGCUUGCGUCCUCGGGGGGAGACCGCUCCGUGUUUCUGUGGGACGUUAUGUCGGGAACGACAAUCCGGAGGAUCGCGGGACAUAUGGGGAAGAUAUUUGUUGUUGAGUUCAACGAAGAUGCCAGCGUCUUGGCCAGUGGUACGUCCCCGAGCGCAACUGCGGCGCGACACUCUAAACAGACCCUCAGCAUAGGCUCCUAUGAUUCUACCGUGAGACUCUGGGACCUCCGCUCUCCAAACCGUCAAGCCAUCCAAGUCCUCGACGAUGCUCGAGAUUCUGUCCAGACCCUACAUGUAGGGCCGACAUAUGUCCUUACGGGUUCGGUGGAUGGGCACGUCAGAACCUAUGAUCUUCGUAUGGGCGAACUUCGCUCCGACUUGAUAGGCCAUCCUGUCACAUCCGUUGUGCCUUCAAAAGACGGCCAGACGUAUCUCGUCACGACGCUUGACUCUCACGUCCGCCUGAUGGACAUGUCGACAGGUAAGAUGUUGAACGACUUUACAGGCCAUUCGAUUGCAUCAUAUCGUUCUCGUGCGUGCUUCGGCCACGCUGAAGCUAGUGUCGUCUGUGGCGACGAAAAGGGCAUGGUGUGGGCUUGGGACCUGCUCGAUGCUGCGCCGCUCCAGCCCAAUCCUCCACCAAGAGUCCAUGACAAAGUGAUAACGUGGGUCGAGCACCAUCCGACUGAAGCAGAUGAGAUGGUGACCGCAAGCGCGGAUGGGACGGUGAAAGUAUGGCGGAAUGCUCGUUGA